CAUCUGACACCAUCGUCACGUUUGUCACUUAGAAGUGAGCACGUUUAAGCAAGUUUCCCAAGAUUUAAACAUCGAAGAAGUGCCAUUUGAAUUGAUUUUUUGAACCUCUGUCUUAUUUCAUCGUUCAUAGCUCCUAGCUAUCUUUCUAUCAUCUUCCUAAUCCCGUUUAUACCCGACCCUUUCGAGAAUUCCACUUCCGUAACCUCACCGAUGGACCAUUCGCACAUGGAUCACGGACAUAUGGACCAUGGCGAUAUGGGCCAUGGAGAUGGCGGACACGGUGGCAUGCCGAUGUGCAACAUGAAUAUGCUCUUCACAUGGGACACGACCAACCUCUGCAUCGUAUUCCGCCAAUGGCACAUUCGCGGCACGGCUUCGCUGGUCUUCAGCUUGCUGGCCAUUAUUGCUAUCAGCGCCGGCUACGAAGCUCUCCGCGAGGGCAUCCGACGCUACGAGUCCUCGAUAGCUGCCAAGCAGGACGCUGCACCUAUCGAAUCAAAUACUGAGAGCGCGACAUUACUUGGGGUAGGACGAAGCAGCCAGGCCGACGCGAUUGGGCGACAGGCCCAUGUUUUUAAGGCGGUGCUAUACGCCGUACAGAACUUUUACGCCUUUAUGAUUAUGUUACUCUUCAUGACCUACAACGGCUUCGUCAUGUUUUCCGUUGCUAUCGGAGCUGGCCUCGGAUACUAUUUCUUCGGUUCGCAUACGAAAGCCGUAAAGGAGACGGCCUGUCAUUAAAUGCGGGAUAGCCUAGCACUAGCGUUACACUACUAGUAUUAUGCAUACGGGCGGGUGGAUAAAUAGAAGUGCGAAGAAGCUAUUUAGAGUCUAAUUUAGAGCUCUAUUACAACUAGAGGGUAUUGAUCGAGUGUGUUGGAUGCGUCAUAAGAAUUUGCCAGCAGUUGGGAAUUACAGAUACAGGCGGCUUGGGCCCAUUAUGAAUCUACAAUAAUGCAAGGACGGCAUAUCCCAUCCGUCUACAUCUUCGCAUCCUUAACCUCGUCUUUAAUAGCUUCUUGUCCUAUUUCCUUUCUCUUCUUGUCGGGGAGGCGGCCCGCGUCGUUUA